CCCAGCCCUCCAACCCUGUGCAAGGCCUGGGCUGGCCAACUCAAAGGACCCGGAACACAGCCAGCAGGGAGCCUGGCACCCACCCUUCCACCUCAGUGUCCUUGCAGAGUCUGACAACCUCAGACUGACACUUGAAGGUGCCUUUCCUCCACGAAGGUUUCCAGAAGAGGCACCAUGUGAGGGCAUGAAGUAGUUCCGGUGCUUAGCAGGAAGAGGAAUUGGGAACCAAGAUCCAGCCUCCUCAGCCUCCAGGAAGACCCCGGCCAGCCCCUCACAGAGCUCAGAGAACUCAACUUUGAGGAUGGAGCCAGGAGGGGUGUCCUCAAUGCCCCCAGCCCCCAUUGCCACCCGGGGGGAGCCAGAUGCUGGGCCUAGCAGUUCCUCCCUGGAGCAUCCAAGCACAGACCCGGGGAAGCUCCGAGCGCUCCCUGUUGGGCCUGGAGCCCACUGUGGUGACCCUGCCUCCGGGAGCCCUGGCAGCCAGGCCUCUGCGGGGGACGUGGGCUCUGUGAGUGAGCCCAGCAGCGGCACUAAGAUCCCUAACCGGGACAGCGGGAUAGACAGCCCCUCCUGCAGCGUGGUCGGCGAGCACUUCUCCUGCGAGGACGGCAGCGAGGCGGGCCCAGGCCCCACCAUCAAAGGGCUGCACCUGGAGACAGCCCCAGGUGGCAAGGCCCCACGGGAGGAGGCCGAUAGCGAUAUGGGCGAGGGCAGCAGUGAGGAGCCAGACCCCGAGAAUAGCCCCUUGAGGGCUGACGCGGAUCCAGCCAAGUGCGCUGAGCCCCAGAAGCUGCUCCACAUUGCCCAGGAGCUGCUGCAUACUGAGGAGACCUACGUGAAGCGUCUACACCUGCUAGACCAGGUUUUCUGCACCCGACUGAUGGAAGCAGGGAUCCCUUCGGAAGUCACCACAGGCAUCUUCUCUAACAUCUCCUCCAUCUAUUGCUUCCACGGGAAGUUCCUCCUUCCUGAGCUGCAGACACGGAUCACGAAUGAGUGGGACACAAACCCCCGGCUUGGAGACAUCCUGCAGAAGCUGGCCCCAUUCCUCAAGAUGUAUGGUGAAUAUGUCAAGAACUUUGACCGGGCCGUGGAGCUGGUGAGCACCUGGACCCAGCGCUCACCGGUAUUUAAGGACAUUGUCCAAGGCAUCCAGAAGCAGGAGAUGUGCGGAAACCUGACGCUGCAGCACCAUAUGCUGGAGCCCGUGCAGAGGGUCCCCCGCUAUGAGCUGCUGCUCAAGGACUAUCUGAAGAGGCUCCCAGAGGAUGCCCCAGACUGGAAGGAUGCAGAGAGGUCCUUGGAGCUCAUCUCCACAGCUGCCAACCACUCCAACGCUGCCAUUCGGAAAAUGGAGAAAAUGCACAAGCUCUUGGAGGUAUACGAGAGACUGGGUGGGGAGGAGGACAUCGUCAACCCUGCGAACGAGCUGAUCAAGGAGGGCCACAUCCAGAAGCUAUCAGCCAAGAAUGGCACGACCCAGGACCGCCACCUCUUCCUGGUGAGCCCCCAACCGGUCACACCCAGCCCUGCCCAGUCCUGCCCAGCCCAGCUGCAGAACCACGCCCCUGGCCACGCCACACCCAGCCCAGCGGCAGAGCCUGGGCCUACCCAGCCACUCAGCCACACCCUCACCCAACCCAGGCCCAACCAGCUGCAGAGCCCCGCCCCACCACUAAGCCACUCCCCCAGUCCAACCCCCAGCAUGCCCUCACCACUCCCACAUUCAGCCCAGCCCUGCCUAGCCCGGCCCACUCUUGCCAGAGCCACGCCCCACCUCCUCCUUGGGGUGCUCCUCUGUGGAGUCAACCGCCCCUCACCCCAUACGUGCCCGUCACUAUCGCAGUUCAACAGCAUGAUCCUUUACUGCGUGCCCAAACUGCGGCUCAUGGGCCAGAAGUUCAGUGUCCGGGAGAAGAUGGACAUUUCCGACCUCCAGGUGCAGGAUGUCGUCAAGUCAAAUGCAGCCUACACAUUCAUCAUAACUGGAAAGAAAAGGUCCCUGGAGCUACAAACUCGGACAGAAGAGGAAAAGAAAGAAUGGAUUCAGGUCAUUGAGGCCACCAUUGAGAAGCACAAGCAGAACAGCCAGACUUUCAAGGCCUUCAGUGGCUCCUUCAGCCAGGAUGAGGAUUCCUCCCUCACUCCAGACCCACCUAUGGUGAGCGCCAACUCAGAGGUGCCUGCAGCGGUCGCCACUGGCGGAGGGGGUGCUGCAGGGCUUGAGCCCAGGAGAGGGUCCUCUAAGACCAGACGUGACAAGGAGAAGCAGGGCUGCAGCAGCUGCGGCGAGACCUUCAACUCCAUCACCAAAAGGAAGCGCCACUGCAAGCUGUGCGGGGCGGUCAUCUGUGGGAAGUGCUCCGAGUUCAAGGCUGAGAACGGCAGGCAGAGCCGUGUCUGCGGAGAGUGUUUCCUGACCCAGCCGGUGGUCCCCUCGAGCCCCAGCCUCGAGGAGCCCUUGGAGCCCAAGCAGAGCACAGAGAAGCCAGCCACUGUGGACCCCCCGCCCAGCCUGCUCUGUGGCCCCCUGCUGGUGUCGGAUGGCGGCACAGCCUGGAGCAAGGUGUGGGCUGCCAUCUCUGAGUCGGACUCCCUGGAGUUGGUGCUGCACCUUCGAGGAGGCAGCCAGGAUGGCCAGCUGCUGCAUGCCAUCCCCCUCUCUGGCUGCAGGGUGAGUGUGCCAGAGCCCGCAGAGAGGCUGGAUGCUGGACACACGUGGCAGCUGCAGCAGGCCCAGCAGUCUUUGUACCUCAGUGCCCCGUCCGCCGAGCUGCAGCAGCAGUGGCUGGAGGCCCUGAGCUCAGCAGCCCACGGGCACCUGGCCCAGGCCAGCCCAGGGGCCCAGCAGCCCCAGGCCCCAGCUGCCCCAUGAGCUGAGUCUCUGCCGUGUCUCCUAGCUGUACAGCCACCGUGGCAGGGCCUGUACUCAUCUGAGAGGUGGCAUCAGGCCACAUGCAGGCAUGAAGGGAGCCUGGAUUGCUGAGGGACCAACAGGCCACAUAGCACUUGGCCCUGGAGGGUUCCUCCACGUCAGAGAGGAGAAAAAUGAGGCCCAAACAGGGGCAGCCAAUUGCCCAGGGUCACCCAGCACGUCCCUCAAAGACCCGGGCCUCUGCCUGCAGGCCCAGCAGUGUGGCCCAGAGCGGGGCGUGGGGUGACUGUCAAGAAAACUCCAUCUGAGUGGGCAGUGAGGGGUCAUCUGCGCCAGAAGACAGAAGGAGCUCAUGGGUGGUGCCCAGGACACCUGGUGGAUGUCUGCAGUCAUGCCACCCCUCCUGAUGGUUGCCCACCCAUCUAUACCAUCUACAUCCAUGUGAGCUGAACCAUACUGGCCCCCCGGACUCCACCUCUCUCCUCUUUCCUCUCCCGGGGACUGGGCACACCCUGUGCCACCUCGUAGCUCGCCACCCCAUUUGGAGGUGCCUAAGGGAGCGAGUGGUGGGUUCCUGAAUAGCCAUGCUGCGAAACUACAGGGGGACCACACAGGCGUGGUGAUCUGUGGCCUGAGAUUUGUGCCUGCCUCCCCUGGUCG